AUGGCGGACCAACAAGACGUCGAUCUCGACUCCAUCAUCGACAGACUGCUCGAAGUCCGCGGCAGCAGACCCGGCAAGCAGGUCCAGCUUCUCGAGACCGAGAUUCGCUACCUCUGCACCAGAGCUCGCGAGAUCUUCAUUUCCCAGCCCAUCCUCCUCGAGCUUGAGGCUCCCAUCAAGAUCUGUGGUGAUAUCCACGGCCAAUACUACGACCUCUUGCGUUUGUUCGAGUACGGUGGUUUCCCGCCUGAGGCCAACUACCUCUUCCUUGGUGAUUACGUCGACCGUGGCAAGCAAUCCCUCGAGACCAUCUGCUUGCUCCUCGCCUACAAGAUCAAGUACCCCGAGAACUUCUUCAUCCUCCGCGGCAACCACGAGUGUGCCUCGAUCAACCGCAUCUACGGUUUCUACGAUGAGUGCAAGAGAAGAUACAACAUCAAGCUGUGGAAGACCUUCACCGACUGCUUCAACUGCCUGCCCAUUGCCGCCAUUAUUGACGAGAAGAUCUUCACCAUGCACGGUGGUUUGAGUCCCGAUCUCAACUCGAUGGAGCAGAUCAGACGUGUCAUGCGUCCCACUGAUAUCCCUGACUGUGGUCUCCUCUGCGAUCUUCUGUGGUCCGACCCCGACAAGGACAUUACUGGAUGGAGCGAGAACGACCGUGGUGUGUCAUUCACCUUCGGACCUGAUGUUGUUUCCCGCUUCCUGCAAAAGCACGACAUGGAUCUCAUUUGCCGUGCUCACCAAGUCGUCGAAGACGGUUACGAGUUCUUCUCAAAACGCCAGCUUGUCACGCUGUUCAGUGCUCCCAACUACUGUGGAGAGUUUGACAACGCCGGUGCCAUGAUGAGCGUCGACGAGAGCUUGUUGUGCUCGUUCCAGAUUCUCAAGCCGGCAGAGAAGAAGCAGAACAGGUUCGGUCGCAGAUAG